GUUGUCCCCGCCGAGAGGAGCUCAGGAAGCGGGUUCGCGACUCGCCACGUCCCGCUGCUUCCCCCGGAGCCAUGAGGCGGAAGGAGAAGCGGCUGCUGCAGCUCGCCGGGCUGCUGGUCGCGGCUCUGCUCUUCUUCCCCAACGUGGGGCUGUGGUCUCUGUACCGGGACCGGGUGUUCGACAACUCGGCCGACACGCCGGACGCUGCCGGAGGAUUCCCCCCGAUACAGGGCGUGAACCGGGUGGCGAAGGAUGUUCAGGUGGCCCGUGACGGCGAGCGGAGGAAAGACUGGCACGACUACGAAGCCAUCAAGAGAGACGCCUCCCGCUCCGGUAAUGGAGAACAGGGGAAGGCGUUCCCUCUCACAGACUCUGACCGGGUGGACCAGGCGUACAGGGAGAACGGGUUCAACAUUUACGUCAGUGACCGGAUCUCCCUGAACCGAUCCGUGCCCGACAUCCGGCAUCCGAACUGCCAACAGAAGCUGUAUGCAGAGAAGCUUUCCAACACCAGCAUCAUCAUCCCGUUCCAUAACGAGGGCUGGUCGUCGCUGCUGAGGACCGUCCACAGCAUCCUGAACCGCUCGCCUCCACACCUCAUCGCCGAGAUCAUCCUGGUGGACGACUACAGCGACAAAGAGCACCUGAAGUCGGCGCUGGAGGAAUACAUGGUGCGGCUGCCGAAGGUCCGGAUCAUGAGGACGAAGAAGAGGGAGGGGCUUAUCCGGACCCGGCUGCUGGGAGCCGCGGCGGCUAAAGGAGAAGUCAUCACCUUCCUGGACUCUCACUGUGAGGCCAACGUCAACUGGCUGCCUCCGCUGCUGGACCGAAUCGCCAAGAACAGGAAGACCAUCGUGUGCCCGAUGAUCGACGUGAUCGACCACGACAACUUCGGCUACGAGACGCAGGCGGGCGACGCCAUGCGAGGGGCGUUCGACUGGGAGAUGUACUACAAACGCAUCCCCAUCCCGGCCAAGCUGCAGAACGCCGACCCCAGCGAACCCUUCGAGUCUCCAGUGAUGGCAGGCGGACUCUUUGCUGUGAACACAAAGUGGUUCUGGGAGCUGGGAGGAUACGACACGGGUCUGGAGAUCUGGGGAGGAGAACAGUACGAGAUCUCCUUCAAGGUGUGGAUGUGUGGUGGUCGGAUGGAGGACAUCCCCUGCUCCCGGGUGGGACACAUCUACAGGAAGUACGUCCCCUACAAGGUUCCUGGAGGAGUCAGUCUCGCCAAGAACCUGAAGCGCGUGGCUGAGGUCUGGAUGGACGAGUACGCCGAGUUCAUCUACCAGCGCCGGCCCGAGUACCGCCACCUGUCGGCCGGAGACAUGACGGUGCAGAAGGAGCUGAGGAGCCGGCUCAACUGCAAGAACUUCAAGUGGUUCAUGAGCGAGGUGGCGUGGGACCUGCCCAAGCACUACCCGCCAGUGGAGCCCCCUGCUGCCGCCUGGGGGGAGAUCCGUAACGUGGGCAGUGACAUGUGUAUGGAGAGUAAACACUUUGUGUCAGGGAGCCCGGUCCGACUGGAGACCUGCAUCAAGGGCCGGGGGGAGGUGAGCUGGAGCCACGGACAGGUGUUCACGUUCGGCUGGAGGGAGGACAUCCGGGUGGGUGACCCCCUGCACGCCAAGAAGGUUUGCUUCGACGCCGUGUCCCACAACAGCCCGGUCACGCUGUACGACUGCCACGGCAUGAAGGGCAACCAGCUGUGGCGCUACAGGAAGGACAAGAGUCUCUAUCACUCCGUCAGUAACGGUUGCAUCGACAGCAGCCCGACCGAGCGACGCGUCUUCAUGAACACGUGCGACUCGUCCUCGCCGAGUCAGCAGUGGAUCUUCGAGAAAACCAACGCCACCAUGCUGGAGCUCUUCAACCAGGGCGCCAACUGAGGCGCCAACUGAGGCGCCAACUGAGGCGCCGCGGCGUCCGGGAGGAAAAGAACUCGUGACGCACGGAGACGCCGAUCUGCUGCUGCUGCUGGGAAAAGGGAUUUUACGUUUCCUCUGGUUUCCGUCUCUACCUGACGCUGAGGUUACAGCUGCUUCUGUUCGGGCGCCUGGAAUGAGGCAUGCUGGGAAACUGUGGUGGGGGGGGGGGGUGGUUGGUUAAACACAUCAGUUCGAGGAAAGACUGAGUUGAGCUCUGAUCGAUGCGUUUGUGUAUCAGAGUGACUUUGUGUGUUUGUUGUGUGUGGCCCCGGGUCGGUCCACUUCCUGGUUUUGUUGUUGAUUUGUGUUUUUACAUUCCUCUCCUCUCUCUCUUUUCUUCCUCUUCCUCUUCCUCCUCCUCCUCCUCCUCCUCUCCUCCAUCUCUUCCUCCUCCUCUCCUCUCUCU